GCCGCAGAGCCGCCACUGGGCUGCGCGCCUCCCUGGGAACCCCCUCUUGUGGGUGCUCUUUGAAGUGGAGGAGGGAGGCGGCGAGGGGGAGGAGGAGGAAGGGAGAGAGCAGAGCCCACAGCUCCCUGCACGCGGAGCCUCCCCUGCACCGCGCACCUGGCGCCGCCUGCCCGCAGCGGCUCGGCCCCUUUCUCCGUGAGGACAACCUGCUGACCCCCGGGCCAGGAUGGAUGGCAGAUGGUGGCCUUCACGCUGGGCAUGGUCCCUGCUGGCUGUGGCACUUGUGGCUGGGGGUGCAUCGUCCACUGGGGCCACGGGCCCAAGGACGGCAGGCCCGUCCGGCCAGGUGCUUCCGCCUCCUUCUAACCGUCGUGGGGCCUCUCACCCAGGACAACAGCCCAACGUCUAACAGCCUGGAGGCGGGCACUGAUGCCACCGCCUACUGGUGGGGAGAGUGGACGAAGUGGACAGCAUGUUCCCGCAGCUGCGGGGCCGGGGUGACGUCCCAGGAGCGGCACUGUCUGCAGCAGAGGAGGACGUCUGUCACGGGCGCCGGGAACCGGACCUGCACGGGCACAUCCAAGAGGUACCAGCUGUGCAGAGUGCAGGAGUGUCCGCCGGACGGGAGGAGCUUCCGCGAGGAGCAGUGCAGCUCCUUCGACUCCCGCGUGUACAACGGGCGGACGCACCAGUGGAAGCCCCUGUAUCCCGAUGACUACGUGCACAUCUCCAGCAAGCCGUGCGACCUGCACUGCACCACGGUGGACGGCCAGCGGCAGCUUAUGGUCCCAGCCCGUGACGGCACGUCCUGCAAGCUCGCCGACCUGCGAGGGGUCUGCGUGUCUGGAAAAUGUGAGCCCAUCGGCUGUGACGGGGUGCUCUUCUCCACCCACACGCUGGACAAGUGCGGCGUCUGCCAGGGCGACGGUAGCAGCUGCACCCACGUGACGGGCAACUACCGCAAGGGGAACGCCCACCUGGGGUACUCUCUGGUGACCCACAUCCCGGCCGGCGCCCGAGACAUCCAGAUUGUGGAGCGGAAGAAGUCGGCCGACGUCCUGGCUCUUGCCGAUGAAGCCGGCUACUACUUCUUCAAUGGCAACUUCAAGGUGGACAGCCCCAAGAACUUCAACAUCGCGGGCACCGUGGUCAAGUACCGGCGGCCCAUGGACGUGUAUGAGACCGGCAUCGAGUACAUCGUGGCGCAGGGGCCCACCAACCAGGGCCUGAACGUCAUGGUGUGGAACCAGAACGGCAAAAGCCCCUCCAUCACCUUCGAGUACACGCUGCUGCAGCCACCGCACGCGCACCGCGUCCAGCCCGUCUACUACAGCUUCUCCGAGCCCGCCUCGGACAGCGCGGAGAGCCAGGAGCUGGACGGCGCCGGGCUGGCGGGCUUCCUGCAACACAACGGCUCCCUCUACGGCCAGGCCUCCUCGGAGCGGCUGGGCCUGGACCACCAACUGUUCGGCCACCGGGACCCGGGGAUCGAGCUGGGUCUGAGCAGAGACCAGGAGACCAACGAGGUGUGCGCGCAGGCCAGCGGCGGGGCCUGCGCGGGGCCCCCCAGGGGCAAGGGCUUCCGAGAUGGCAACGCCACUGGAACGGCUCUCGCGGGAGACCGGGAUGACCAAGAGGCCGAUGCCCGCUUUACCUCCCAGGAGCUCCUCUCGGCCAACGCCAUCUCUGACCAGCUCCUGGGCACAGGCUCUGACUCCAGGGAGCUCCCCCUCAAUGAGACGUUCAACAGCAUCUUUGCACAGGGCGCCCCGAGGAGCUCCCCGGCUGACAGCCUCUACGUUGACUACGAGGAGAAUGAGGGAGCCAGCAUUUACCUGCUCAAUGGGUCCUACCUGGAGCUGAGCAGUGACAGAGUGACCAAUGCCUCCUCCGAGGCCCCGUUCCCCAAUGCCAGUGCCAGCCUCCCCGCCGUGGCCGGGAACAGGACGCAGAAGGCCAGGACCAGGCCCAAGGCCCGCAAGCAAGGCGUGAGUCCCGCAGACAUGUACCGGUGGAAGCUCUCGUCCCACGAGCCCUGCAGUGCCACCUGCACCACAGGGGUCAUGUCGACCUACGCCAUGUGCGUCCGCUACGAUGGCAUUGAGGUGGAUGACAGCUACUGCGACGCCCUGACCAGGCCUGAGCCCGUCCAGGAGUUCUGCGCGGGGAGGGAGUGCCAGCCCAGGUGGGAGACGAGCAGCUGGAGCGAGUGCUCGCGCACCUGCGGCGAGGGCUACCAGUUCCGCAUCGUGCGCUGCUGGAAGAUGCUCUCGCCCGGCUUCGACAGCUCCGUGUACAGCGACCUGUGCGAAGCCGCCGAGGCCGUGCGGCCCGAGGAGCGCAAAACGUGCCGGAACCCGGCCUGCGGGCCCCAGUGGGAGAUGUCCGAGUGGUCGGAGUGCACAGCCAAGUGUGGGGAGCGCAGCGUGGUGACCAGGGACAUCCGCUGCUCGGAGGAUGAGAAGCUGUGUGACCCCAACACCAGGCCUGUGGGGGAGAAGGACUGCACAGGCCCCCCCUGCGACCGCCAGUGGACCGUAUCCGACUGGGGGCCGUGCAGUGGAAGCUGCGGGCAGGGCCGCAUGAUCAGACACGUGUACUGCAAGACCAGCGACGGCCGGGUGGUGCCCGAGUCUCAGUGCCAGACAGAGACCAAGCCUCUGGCCAUCCACCCCUGCGGAGACAAGAACUGCCCCGCCCACUGGCUGGCCCAGGACUGGGAGCGGUGCAACACCACCUGUGGCCGAGGCGUGAAGAAGAGACUGGUCCUGUGCAUGGAACUGGCCAACGGGAAGCCACAGACACGCAGCGGCCCUGAGUGCGGCCUGGCCAAGAAGCCCCCCGAGGAGAGCACGUGCUUCGAGAGGCCCUGCUUCAAGUGGUACACCAGCCCCUGGUCUGAGUGCACCAAGACCUGCGGGGUGGGCGUGCGGAUGCGAGACGUGAAGUGUUACCAGGGGACUGACAUCGUCCGAGGCUGCGACCCGCUGGUGAAGCCUGUUGGCAGACAGGCCUGUGACCUGCAGCCUUGCCCCACGGAGCCCCCAGACGACAGCUGCCAGGACCAGCCAGGCACCAACUGCGCCCUGGCCAUCAAGGUGAACCUCUGCGGCCACUGGUACUACAGCAAGGCGUGCUGCCGCUCCUGCAGGCCCCCCCACUCCUAGGCCCGGCAGCCGCCCCUCAGAGACCGAGCACCCCAUCCCUGGGGCCGCAGCAGCUCCUGGGGCCCUUCCACGGACACCCUUCCUGCAGGGCCCCCAGCUGUGAAGACGUGACACUGAGCCUCUGCUCUCCCCGGGUAGGAGAGCCCCCGAGAGCGCCCACCAGCCCUCCUGGGACACAGCCAUGAGGAUGGCGCGUUUGUGGUUCCGCCCUGGGCACCCAGCCCCACCCAGGGGCCUGGAGACGUCGUCUCUCCCUCCAGGGCUGGGGGAGGGGCAGCCAGGGAGAUCAGGGGCCGCCGGGUUCCUGCUCCUGUGCAGGUGCGCUCCUCCCAGAGGAAUUUUAAUCUCACGGUUUAGCAUCGUUCGCCUCCCCGACACGAAGCUCUUGGCACGCAGGGACCCACCGCACUUUAUGCCCGGGAAGAGGCAUGUUUCUCAUGGCACGCGUGGCCGUGCCGUCGUGCGUCAGUACUCUCUGUAUGUUAAUAAAGUGGCCGUAUUUAUGGUGA